CAAAGAGCAAAUCACCUCUCAGGACAGAAUGAUUUCGUAUGUGGAGUGUCUGGGCGGCGAGGGGGCGGGGCCUGGUGUGGCGUCGCGCUGCUGGAACCCGGGUCCAGAUGAAGAGCUAGAUGAGCUUCUUCCUCGCAAGAUGGCCGCCCUGCAACCAAAAACAGAGGGCAGCCUGCGCCGCCGCCUGCUCAGCGCCAAGAUCCACCAGCACCACGACGCCGUCUGGCGGAUGAAUACAGGGGGCGUCGCCGGCAGGCCGGGGUCCUCUACAGGUGACAGGAAGCACCAGCCCCCCCAACUUCUCUACUCAGGCCACAGUCCCUGGCACCACCCCCAGCACCUCCCAGCACGCCCCCACAUCCACCCUUCCUUUACCCCAGAGGCUCAUGGGAAACUAUUCCUUACUCCAGAGAUCUAUGGAAAACCCCACCCACAGACCGCACCCCUUCAGUCGCAGCGCCCUACGAUCCCCAUCCUCACCCAGCGCUGCCGAACAAGCUCAUGUCCCCCCACGCCUGAACCCCGCCCCGGCUACACCAUGUCCUUCCCGUCCUCUCACGGCGCACUGCCCCCCUUCAGGGAACCAGCGGUGCCGCCGCAGUACCAGUAUCAGCCCAGCAGGAGGCGCAGGACCAACUUCUUCUGCUUCAGACGGCGCCAAGGGAGGAGCUCCAGGCUGGAAGCCACCCAAACCACGCCCCUUCUACACAGAGCAGGGGACAGGGACAGUAAGUGGUCGGUUCACUACACUACCCAGAAGCCUCAGCAGGGUCUGGUCUUCAUCCCGGGGAAGAGACGCUCGGGCAGCGUGGACGAUCUGCGAGUGUGGAACAGGCUGACUCAGCAAGGCUACAGUGGACACGCCAGCUCACACCGCCGCCAGCAGAGCCCCGCCUCCCCUCUGUCCUCUGCUGGCCUGGACCAAUCAGAGGGCAGCAGGCGCCGAGGAUGGAAGGACAAAAGCAGGAAGAUGUCGUCGACGUCAUCAGAAGAAGACGAGAGGUUGAUCCUGAACAACACUCGACCUCUGACCCCGCUGGUCCUGAACCCCGUCACCUCUCGCUGGGACGUCCUCCCCCCCGACAACGAGCCAACGGCCUAUUUCGAGAUGGAAGCGACAUCUCGGCUUCCGACUCCGGAGGAGAGGAUGAGGCGGCAGGCGGACGCCAUCCCUGCUGAUAUCGUGGCCAUUAAUAUAACAGGGGAGAGUUUUGAUCGACAGGCCAGUUUUCGAAGAACCGUGUCCAGCUGCGACUCGUUGACCCACCGACCCCGAAGCCUGAGCCGCCGCAAGACUGUGACAGGGAUACCUGAUGAUGUCAGCAGCACGCUGGACUCGUCUUUGGCGUCCUGUGAUCUCCCUGGUCAGUUCUCUCCCUCUGCGUCCUCCUGUGGCUCCGCCCACGAGCAGGAGGUGGAGACGGAGGACAUCAGUAAGGAUUCAGCAGUGCGAAGGAUCCGGGCCCCGAGAGGAGCCGGGAUGUCCAGCCUCAUGGCCUCCCUCACCUCCUCCCCUUCACCAGGGCCUCUCCCCAGUCUGUCAACCAACUCCUCUCUGAGCUCUGAGGCCAGCUGUCACAGCGCCUCCUGCAGGACGCUCAGCGCCUCCUCGUCCUGCUGCCAGUCUCAGGAUGUACAGGGUUUCCCCAGCGACCAGCAGCCUCUUCUGCCCUUUGACCCCCCCGCCAGAAUCGUCCCACUGUCCACCUCCUCCCCCGUCUCCUCCUCUCUUCCCAGCACUCCCAGCCAUCCCCUGGCACCAGAGUGGUCGUACCCCAUCGCCGAGCCGCUGAACGAGACUCCUCGUGUCUCUCCUUCCUCCUCCCACUACCUCUCCUCCUCCUCCAUUACAAACUCAGAGUUCAGCUACCAGGCUCUGGGCGAGCAGGGCGACCCACAAUCCUCCUGUGAUGGGGGUUCGUACAGGGGGAACAGAUGGAGCUACCAGCCGCUCUCCCCCAGCUCCAGUGUCCUCAGUGGUCCCACCGGGGACGAGUGGGGCGACGUCAGCCAGGAGACGAGAAGUGUUUCUGGGGAAGGUUGGAGCUGUGACCCCCUCCUCUCCUCUGGUCGCUCGUCUCCGGCGUGUUCGGAGAGAACAACGUCCUCCCCCCCGUUGAACAGUGAGAGAAGAAGAUCCAGCACCUCCUCCUCCAACUCUCGCUCCAGCAUCCACAGCAUCUCCCUCCGCAAGUCCAAGCUCCCGCCUCCCCCGCCAUUACGUGAUGACUCCCUGCGGCGCCCCCGGCCGUGUCGUAGUAAGUCCUCCCGCUCCUUGUCCAGUCCUCGCCAGCAGUGCAGUCCCCAGAGCCUGGAAGACGGCUCCCAGGGGACGCCCACCUCGUCCCCUGGGAGCUUCUACGACCCCUGGGUUCCCCGGACUCACACCAGAAGACGUCAGAGCGGUCUGAGCUGCGGGGCGGUCACGACCUUUGAACCCUUAAACCUCCAGACAGCGACCUCUGCCGACUCCCCUCCCCCAAGCCCCCCCGCCGCCCACGUCCUCGCCCCCGGGUCUCCAGGCUCGGAGGAGGAGGAGGGGCUUAGAUUUACUCUCAACCCUCAAACAGUUCCUCGUGGUCUGCAGCGCCUCGCGUCGCCCUCUAGUGGAUACUCCAGCCAGUCGAACACCCCCAUACCUGGCACACCUGUGUCCUCCCCCCUCUCCCCCUCCUCCCCUAUCACAGCAAGUCCUGGAGCCUUUUCCCUCCCCCCGACCUCCCCCUCCUCCUCCUUCCCGCUGUCGCUGACCAGGAAGGAAGGAAAGCCAAAACCUCCCGUUCCGGAGAGGAAGUCGUCGCUCAUUUCCUCGCUCUCCUCGUCCUUUUCUUCCACUUCCUCCCUCUCUUCCUACACUUCCUCUGAUUCAUCUACCAGACAUCUUCUCCUACCUCCUCCCCCUCCCCCUCCUCCUCUCCCAGAUUCCUUCUCUCUUUCACCUUCUCUCGCCUUCUCCCCCAUUCGUCAUUCUCCUUCUCUCUAUCACUCCCUACCUGCUCCUCCACCUCCACCUUCAUCUCUUCCUCCCCCUCCCCCUACGCCUCAUCAAGCUCUUCCGUUCACGUCAUCGUCACCAAACUUCUCUCUUCCUAAAUCUUCCCCUGUGACCCCCCUCCUCCCAACAUCACCUCUCAGGUCUCAGAACCGUCGUGUCAACGUGGCCACACCCACUUGUCCCCUGGUCACCGCCCAGGCUCUGCAGGGGGUCAAGCUUCGCUCCAUCAGGACCCAGGGAGCCUUGCUCAGUAGCACUGUGCUAGCCGAUGCACACAGGUCUCAUGCUAACCAACCAAGCAAAGAACCUCCACUAGACAGGUCUGUUCUAUCCAAUGUGAACUUGGCUAACACUGGUGUGAAGCUAGCGGAGGACAGAUCACAAACCACUGGUUAUGACCUCAGAGGUAGUGAAGACAAAACAACUGAAGACGUUACAGCUCAUGCUAAUCCUGGUGGCCUGGCGUAUGCUGAUGUUGAGCUAGCUGGGAAUGCACCACAAAAUGCUGUCUAUUACCUUGCUAGCAAUGACACUAAAACACCCAGAGCAUCAAUGGCUAAAGCUAGCACUCCUAGCCAAGCUAACACUCAAACAGAUCACGAUAACUGCAACCAAACCAAAACUGAGACGCUUUCACUCGACAACUCAGAGUUCACUCGUCUUCACAGCCUACAAGGUUUUGUUUGUAGCACAGCCGCCAAUCAGAGACUCGCUGGACCUCAGGUGACCACUGCUCAAGAUGUCCUGACCAAUGAGAGGAGGGAUUCAGACCUGUACACUACGCUAACUAACAAUCAAGUCCCCAGUCCUGAUAUGCCCUGGGUCAACAUGUCUCAGGGUACCAACAAAAAAACCUUCGACUUCAUUACCCAACGUCCAACAGAUGCUAAGCUAACUGAGCCUGGAGAGAAACAAGGAAACAUUAAAGAUUCUUCUUCACGUUCUCCGUCACGAACAAAUCAAAAGUCUCACAGAGGAAACAGAACAAUAACGUCAGAGAGAGAAGACGUCGUCCGGAACGAUUCAGACGUGUUGAACCACGGAGCAGCUGAUGGAGAUUCCUCAGAACUUUGUGAUUUACAACAGAUCAAAAAUGAUGUUUUAACGAUACGAAGCCCACAGGAGCUCCGGUCCCCGGAGAAGCCGUCGCUGCCUAAGAAGCCCGACCUUUGCAUUCUCAUGGCAUCUCCUGAAGCCCAACGAGGACCAGGUGGACAAAUCACCUCGUCCUAUCCUGGGCUCAAUAAAAAAGAGCAGCAGCUUCCUAUUGGUGCAUCUUCACCAAAACACUUUAUAUACCCAACAGCUGUCGGAACACGUGCAAUAAACGCAGCUACUGGUGACAUCAUUGCAGCUGACCGCCCCCCUCCGAGGCAGAAACCACCGGCUCUUCACGAGAAGCCAGAUGUUUCAUCGACCUCUUCCAGAACAAAACCACUUUCAGCAUCUCAGAAGAAGAAGGAGGCGUCUGAAGGAGCAUCCGAGGCUUGUGGCACUCUGGAUGUCACUGGUGUGUCAUGGACCCAGAGCUCCAGCCCCACAGGAAUUAUGGACACCAGUGGCUCUAGAUUCACGUUCAAUGGGAGCGUGGGUACUCUGGAGGACUGUGGUACCUCAGGAGCGUGGAGAAUCAUGGAGUCAUCAGGACCUCUGACCCAGACCGGAGCAGCAGACCCUGGUCGUGCUCGGAUCACGAGGACGACACUUGAUGAGGACGAGAAAACCGUUCACAAGAGGAUGAUGAGGUCGUUGCUGGCUGAAGAUGAAGAGGAGGAUCACAAGAUGGAGGAGAGAGUGAUGAAGACAACGAUGAUGAUGGCGUCCUCCACGAAGAACAAAUUAAGGAAGAAGAGGAGAAGGAGGACGGGGGGGCAACUGCUUAUGAUGUCAUCAACUAGGGAGCCGUCCCUCUCAUCGUCUUCAUCCUCAUCAUCAUCUUCAUCCUCAUCUGGUGAUGAAGAUGUGAUGAGAGAAGGAAAAAUGCAAACAAGGGAGGAAGUGUCCGGUGCUCUGAUUGGUCAGAGCAGGUACUCCCUCACUAGCGCUCUGUCCUGUGACAGCCUGCAGGGGGAGCUGUGGCUUCCAGACCUCCUGAUACAGGAACCAGAGUUGAGGAAGGAGGACGGACAACCUCAGGACGCUGAUUUGUUCGAGAGUGUUUCAGCAGAUCAGAUGUUCGUCUCUGGUCGACCACGAACCACCGAGGAUCUGUUCACCUUCAUCCACAGGUCAAAGAGGAAGAUGUUUGGGAGAAGAGAUUCAGAGGACGACACACAUUACACCUCCUCCUCUUCCUCCUCCUCCUCCUCCUCCUCCCCCCCGGUGACCCCCACUGACCCCUCCCCCCAACUUGCAACAUCUAGAGGUCAAAGGUCGAGGAGAAGCGAGAGCUUCAAGGCGCUCUUACUGAGGAAAGGGAGUCGUUUGGAUUCAUCUUCGAGAAUCUCUGCUGUCGAGCGGCUUCGCAGAGUGUCUUCUCCUGCCGCUGCUUCUGACCACCAGGGGGCGCCGGCACAGCCACGAGCAGCACGCCAGCCCAGCAGUAAACCCACAAACUCGUCACACGCCUCAGACACACAUGACGCUGACAUGGCGUCUCUCACGUCUCCGUGCACGAACUUGUCUGUGACGUUUUGUUUGAGACACAAUCCCCUCCUCUUCACCUCCUCCUCUUCCUCUUCCUUCCUCUCCUCCUCACGACCUCGCUCCCUCACCCCUCCCUGCUCCAGCAGCCGACGCUUCGCCGCUCGCUGCCGCCUCUUCGCCGCCCCCAUGACCGCCAUAUCAGAGGGGGGGAGCGAGGAGGAGGCUGAGGACGAUGAGGUUUUCGAAGUGGAACUAGUCAGAGAUGAAGACUUCCUGAAACCUUUUUAGAUGAAGAUUUGACAGGAAGUGAAUGUUGAUGAGGAAACUGUCCCGACAGGUCCAGGUUCUCUUCAGGUCCCAGAGUCCACGUGGCCAGGACCUGAACCGGAUCUUCAUCACACAGUCGUCACGUCACAGAGCUGCAGCCGCUCAGUGGAUCUUCUCCACGUGUCUUCUCAUGUCCUGAUCUGGAGGAAACUGAUCUGUUGCAUCCAGAUCAAGAAGCUGAUUCAUGAAAUCCACAAAAGAUUCCUCCAGAUCAAAUCCUGAUGAAUGUGAAACGAUAAUAAUCAUGUAGAGUCAGACUGUAUGAGAAUAAUGACGUAGAAAUGAUUUUGCACUAAAAUUAUCUUUAAACUUUAAACCCUCUAGUUAAUAUUUGAACAUAACUAUAAAAACUUAUUACGUUUGUAUUCUAAUCUUUUUAAAAUCGAAUGUAACUCAUCAUCUGAGACUGAAGUUAAGCAGAGUUAUGGAAAGAGAGAAAAUAAAGAAAAUAAGAAAGAUGAGGAAUCAGAUUACCUGCAUGAUAAUCUGGUUUAUGUAUAAUUAUAUUAUUUAUAUCACUCAGCCUGACUGACACUCUAAUGAAUAAAGGAUCCAGUUGUAAAUACAGCUGUUCUUCUUCACUCUCUUGAAGUAGUGUGUGUGUAUGUGUGGGGGGGGGGGGGGUUAAAUGAUUGAGGUUGAGGAUCAUUAUCAUCAUCUGUGUGGAACGUUCAGAUUUAUUCUAUUAACUUUAGAGAUGAAAUCCCAGAGAUGAUAAAGAGAAAAUGAGAAUAAAGAGGGAAACAUUUCAAUGUAAAUAAAAAAAACUGUAAGAAACGAGGCAGAAAUAACAAUAAAGGUCAAUUUCCAGUUACUUGUUUUGUUUAUUCACCAUUAAAACUUUU